CUUGGCCUUCCAAAGUGGAAUGUAGAAUGUGUCAGUAGAAUCUGGAUAUAUCAUUAUGCUUCUCUGCUUUGCUAGUCACAAUUCACCUGUUGACUACAAGUUAGAUACUCUGCUGGCACAUGUUAGUGCAGAAAUACAAAAAGCCAGGUGUUAUCCCUGCCACAUUGAAGCUACAUUAUCAGUACAGUGCAGUCAUUUCUUCAGGACAUGCCUUUAUGGUUCUCAAGUAAUCCUCCCCGUGAGGACAUGUCUGUUGAAGACAUCGAAGAGGAGAUUGAGGAGGAGAUUGAGGGGGAGAUCGAGGAGGAGAUCGAGGAGGAGAUUGAGGAGUAUGCAGAGGAAGAUAGGAUGAAGGAGGUUCAGGAUCAGCCCUCUGUCUCCAACAGUGAAGACUACUCCUACAGUUCCUUCUCAGAGACGGAGGAAUCUGCGAUAACUGAGAAAUUAGCUGGUCUUCACAAAGCCCUAGAAAAAGAGAAAAGAGCCAACGCUGCUCUUGAAGAAGCCUUGAAGAAGAAAUAAACAGCCAAAACUCAACACAAAGGAGCCCUGAAGCAGGAGCGAAAAGAAAAAGACGCUCUUGCCAAGGCUCUGAGGACGGAGCAAGCUGAGAAAAACCUCCUUCGUGUUGGAAUGCAGCACAUGAAGGUACAGGUGGCUGAUCUCAAGAAGUCACAGAAAGAGCAGAAAGCAAAGCUGAAAUCCACAAUCACUGGACUGGCCGCUGAGCUCGGAGAGGACAAGAAGGUGAUUGAGAAGCUCCAGAAGGAUCUGGAGGCGUCUUCCUGUCAGCAAGAAAAAGAAAUCGCAGAGUGUGAUAAACUGAUCAAGUCACUAAAGGUUCGCAUCAUUGAGCAGCAUGAUGAAAGUCUGGAAAAAGACAAUCAAAUUCAAUCCCUAUAUCUUAAUCUUCAGAAUCUUCAAAGUGACAUUGAAUCCAAGGACAACACAGUUUCCUCACUGCAGCAGAAAGUGAAACAGUGGGCUUCAGAUCUCGAAGAGGAACAAACUAAAAACUGUUUUCUGGAGAGAUUAUGAGGCCGCUGUCUCCCAGCAGCAGAAGGAAGCAGAAGAGCUGGACCAUCUGACUCAUGAGAACCAACAGCUUGCUUCUGAAAAAAAAAGGCUGAAAGAUGAACUUGAGGCUGCUGUAAAUGAGCGGCAGCUUCAUCAGAAAUAUCUUCAGGAAGCUCAAGAAGCUUGGAGAAAACUUGAGAAGGCAAUUAAAAAGGAGAAAGUUUGCUUAACAACAGCAUGUAACAAGAUACAGAUCCAAGAGAAGGAGCUUUCUGAGAAGAGUCUGGCUUUAGAAAAGAGCCUGAUUGCUGAAAGAUUCUUAAGGUUGUUUGUCAAAAAAGAGAAGAAGUGCUAUGAGCAGCUGCUUUUAGUACAGCAGGCUUCAGUCGAAUCUCUUGCAAUCCCCAGCAACCUGCUGAGAGAAGCAUCUGCGACCUCAGACCGUCUGGUGUACGACAUGCAGACUUUGAGGGUGGAGAAUGCAGACAUCAAGGCUAAAUUCAACGUCAUGGAGACAGAAUAUGACAAAAUAAGAUCUAAACACUGUUCUCUCUCUGAGCGCCAUGAAGAGAUGAUGAUAAAGAAUACUGAUAUUAUCUCUGAGAAUAAGUUCACCAUCACCAAGCUCCAAUUCAUGGUAGAUGGAUUCAAAGAACAGCUGUCAGACAGCAAGGCGAGACAGGCAGAACUUGAAGAGGCCUUAAAACAAGACCAGAAACAAAACUUGGAGUUGCAGCAAAGAGUUAAUCAGAUCACGUCUGCUCUUGAAAAAGAAAGCACCAGGUGUGAGAAGCACCGCGUGGAGCUCAAGGAGACUUUGACAAAGCAGAUUGAAACAAUGGAGGAGAAGCAGAAGUUGGCUGUGGCUCUCCAGAAAGCUCACAACAGCUACGUCAGUCUUCAGGAACAACAGCUGGCGGAGUCACAUUAUCAACACAGUCACG